AGAUGCAGCUGUUGAACUGCACGGUUCUGAUGGAUAUGGGCUAGCACUUUAUAAAUGGAAUAUAUGGCUGGGGUUCUACACUACGGCUUCUGCCACCAUCCAGGCAUGGAAAUGUAACGGUGGUCCGGUACAGCAUGGCACAGUCGGCAGGGCAAAGAGAUGGGACCUCAGCAAAUGAAAAUUCCACUGUGGACGAAGUGUUCUCCUGGACUGGUCCCAAGACAGUGACCCUUCGGAAGAACUUUCAAGGAUUUGGGUUUACCUUGAGACAUUUCAUUGUCUACCCACCAGAGUCUGCCGUCCAUUCCAAUUUGAAGGAUGAAGAAAAUGGAAACCGAAAAGGUCAGUCCCAGGGCCGCCUGGAACCAAUGGAUACUAUCUUUGUUAAGAAUGUUAGAGAAGGUGGUCCUGCCCACCAGGCUGGACUUUGCACAGGGGAUCGGCUAGUAAAAGUGAAUGGUGAAAGUAUUAUCGGUAAAACCUACUCCCAGGUCAUUGCUCUCAUCCAGAAUAGUGGAAGCGUUCUAGAGCUCUGCAUAAUGCCAAAAGAUGAAGACAUCUUACAGCUGGCUUACUCGCAGGAUGCCUACCUAAAAGGAAAUGAUCCCUUCACUGGAAAUGCCCACCGUAUACCAGAGCCUCCUCCUCUUUGCUAUCCACGAAAGGCUUACACUGUCCAGGGUAUGACCCAAACUUGUGAGCCCACAGUAGCAGAAUCAUUUCAAGGGCAGCCAGAGGAUAUUAGGACUUGCCGAUCUGGGGCCUCACCUUCUUUUCCUAUGGACAGCUGCCCACUGACUGGUCUAGCUCCAGCUGUGUGGAACGAUUUCAGGACAGACCGUUUUAAGGACAUUGGAGUUGGUCAAUCCAGUCCUCUCCAUCGAACAGAGGAAAUACAGUAUGGUAGGACUCCGCAGCGGGUUGGACAUAUACCAGUAAAGUCUAUGCCAUCUUCCUCCUCCUCUUCUUCAGGAUCUGGUCCAUAUUCCACAAAUAGUACUUUUUAUGGUUCUUCAGCCCCACCUUCCCGUGAUACAUAUGGAGCACUUCAUGUUUCAUCUUCAACUAAUCAUAACUCCAACAGAACUCCAUAUCAUGUACAGGAUCAUGUAAAUGCACUAUACUAUAAAGAAUUUAGAGAGCCCAAUGCAGUUUCCUUAAGUGCAAGGUCAUCUUGGGAAAAGUAUGGCAACCACAAAGUCACCAAAGCUGAAUGUCAUAAGGCACUUUCUGACUGGUUUUCAAACCAAGUCCCUCGUCAGAGUACAUCCCAGGAACGUUACUAUGCUAUGCCUCCAAAAUACAGAAGCUUCUCCCAGGACCACCUUGGGGAUGUUCCUUUGAACAGAGGCUGGCCUCACAGUGCCUCACAGGAUACUUUAAUCCAACCUGUCCAUGAUUCCUGGAAUUACAGGGCAAAAUCUGAGGACUACUUGACUAAACACAGUCGAUCCAUUGAGACCCUUGAGCAAAGUGCAUUGUUGUCCCCUCAUUUUGAAAAGAUAGGUUGGUCAUCAGAAAGGAUUGAAGGGAAUAGGUCUAGUCCUGUUGGUCAGACUGCCAGGCAGUAUGUUCAGCCUGUGAUGUACUCGUCCCCUGGAGAUGUUUCUAACCAUGUCCAGAAGCAUCCUUCACAGCCUAAUCUUCAGAACUGUGAUGAGUGGGGCUAUGUAGGAUACAAGAGUUACAGCCCCUCCUUUCAUCGUAGAACUGGAAUAUUAAAUGCUUUUUUCUUUAGGGAUCACAAUCAUGGAGGUCCCUCAGUCUUAAGUGCUCCUCACAGGAAGUUUGCAUCACCAGAUGUCCAUUCAGAGAGGUCAAGGUCAGAUUCAUCUUCAGGCACUGGUGCCUCAAAUGUGGACAUGCCUUUGGACUUCAGUGUACAGCAGUUGGAAUCGCCACCACAUCUAGGGGCAGCUCAUGAAGAUCUGGUCUCAUUAGCAACUAGUAAUGGGCAGUCACAAGCUGCAGACAAAGUACAGGACCAAGAAGACAAAAAAGAGGCUGUGGUGUUAAGACAGAAGCCACCCACGGGUCGCAAAGUGCCACCACCUCUGAGACCUGUAAAUGUUGUCUUUCCAGUGGACCUACCAGAUCUUCCUCUUAUUAUCCCUACAGCUGGCCUAUCAGACACUAAAAUUUCUAAAAAUACUGGUGAGAAUUUGGAGCCUCUUCAAGUUUCUGAUGACUCCUUGGCACUUAUUCCUUUCAUUGAUGAGCCAACGAGUCCCAGCAUUGAUUUAAAGGCAGAGCACGUUCCUGCUUCAGCCGUUGUUUGCAGCUCUACUGCUCCAGUGAUAGUAACAAGCCCUGCAUCUCCAACCUUCACCUUCCCAAUAACAAGACACUACUCACAGGAUUGUGGCAGGAAACUAAGCCGACGGUCCUCAUACCUUCUGGCCAUCACAACAGAGCGCUCCAAAUCAUGUGAUGAUGGGCUGAAUACCUAUCGUGAUGAGGGGAAAAACUUCCAGAGGCCUCGACGGGUAGCCAGCAUACAAAAAUUAAGGAACAUCUUAACAAAUGGGUCUCUUGACAGCUUGUCACCAACAGAAGAUUUGAGAGCCAAGCGACAUUCCACAUCUGACCUCACAGAUGUCACCUUUAGUGAUGUCAGAAAAGAAGGGUGGUUGUAUUACAAACAAGUCCUCACAGAGAAAGGCAAGAAGGUUGGAGGUGGUCUUCGACAGUGGCGGAGGGUAUUUGCAGUUCUGCGCUCACACUGUCUCUACCUGCACAAGGACAGAAGAGAAGCAGUUACCCAACCUUCAAACCAGGCUGAGGAGGAGCAGCCAAUAAGUGUCAGGGCCUGCCUGGUGGACAUCUCAUACAGGGAGACAAAGAAAAAGCAUGUAUUCCGGCUAACCACUGCAGACUUUUGUGAGUACCUCUUCCAAGCAGAAGACAGUGAUGACAUGCUGGAAUGGGUAAAACUCAUCCGUGAAAACAGCAAGUCAGACAAUGAGGAUACAGGAUUUCCAGGUCAAGCACUCAUCAACAAGAAGUUAUAUGAGUAUCGCAAGCUCAGUUCUUCUGGAGUAAAAUCUGACACCUCCCCAAAGGGAUCCCGCCAGACAAAUGUAAAUGCCCCAAGAUCUCCUAAGCAUGGCCCAUCUUCAAGAGAUGAAACCAGCCCCCCUAAGGCCCCCUGGUUGUUCCCUAGCAAGAAGAAGAAGAAUAAGUCACCUAACAGAGCAUUCGGUGUUCGCCUCGAGGACUGCCAGCCAGCUGUCAGCAAUAAGUUCAUCCCUCUCAUUGUUGAGACAUGCUGUAAGUUGGUGGAAGAAAAAGGGCUGGAGUACACUGGCAUUUACCGGGUCCCUGGAAACAAUGCUGUUGUCUCUACCAUGCAAGAUCAGCUGAGUAAAGGAGUGAUGGAGAUUGACACUUCAGAAGAGAAAUGGCAAGACCUGAAUGUUAUCAGCAGUCUGUUGAAAUCUUUCUUCCGGAAACUUCCAGAGCCACUUUUCACAAAUGACAGGUAUAAUGACUUCAUUGAUGCUAAUCGAAUGGAUGAUGCCAGGGAGCGACUCAGAACCUUGAAAAAGUUGAUACAUGACCUACCAUCACACUACUACGAAACCCUGAAGUUUCUCGUCAGUCAUCUAAAAACUAUAGCGAACCAUUCUGAGAAGAAUAAGAUGGAACCCCGGAACCUGGCACUAGUGUUUGGGCCUACUCUUGUUAGGACCUCAGAAGAUAAUUUGACAGAUAUGGUAACACACAUGCCUGAUCAGUACAAAAUUGUGGAGACCUUGAUACAGCACUUUGAUUGGUUCUUCAGUGAAACAGAAGAGAAGGAAGAAAAGACUCCAGAAGAAGAUAGUGACUCUCAGCCGGUGGUGAACAUCGAACAUCUCUUGCCUAACAUUGGGAGAACUACAAUACCGGGCGAUGCUUCAGAUGCCACGAACAGUGACUCUGCUAAAUCUAAGGGAUCAUGGGGAUCCAGGAAAGAUCCAUACAACAAGGAAAUGCUGGCACUAUCCAUUAUUUCAGUAGUCACCCGCAAGAGGAAAAAACAAGAAGUAAAGCCAUGUGACAGCACCGACGAUGAGUCUGAGAAUGAAACCGUCAAAGCAGCUAUCAAGAUCAGUACUGGAGAUCCAGGGGGAGUAGCAGGAGAAGGGGAUGUGGAGAAAAAAUGUGAGAAGGAAGAAGUUAGCCACAGUGCCCAGGGUCGUCGAAGCAAAGAAUUAAUUAAUAGUCCAGAGCUGGAAAAGGUGUCCGCCAUUGGUAACCAUGCUUCUCCAUUUAGUACCUGUUCUGCAUCACACAGUAGAGGGAUGUUACCUAGUGGUGACCUUUUACACCAGGAAGGCAGGACUGGAUUGAGCUCAGAGAUCAGUGGAAGCAGUUUCAGUCAAAGAGAACAUGAACCUAGUAACAUAAAGAUGAAUUAUGAACUUGAACUGAACUCACAAAGACAUGAUCACAGCAGGGUGUGGGAUGACCAGCAUGGGAAAAUUCCCCCAGAUACGACAUCUAUUGUUUCUGGAUACUCCACUUUAUCAACUAUGGACCGCAGUGUAUGUUCUGAGGUCCAGUCAGUUGCUGAAAGCCGAGGGGAUGAAGCUGAUGAUGAAAGGAGUGAAUUUAGCCAGACAGACACUGAAAGCGUCUUCACUUCACCUUCAUUGUUGGAUGCAUCGGUGUCUAACUGUGCAUCCAGGAACAGCAAAUUGGAAAGUGGGAGUACUGAAAGCAGCGAGGGAACAGAAAGGGACAGGAUUUUAGUUGCAAAAGUUGUCAGCAGGCCUUCCUUUAACUCCCAUAAGCUAAUUAAAUGUGACACCUUGGCCAGAAAGAAAUUACUGCGAUCAAAAUUGGAAGGAGAUAAAACAAAGAAUAAAGUGGAAACAGACUGUACUCCCACACUGCCUGUCGAAGCUGAGGAACAGAAAAGCUCAAAGUCUUCCAGUAGCCAAGAGUCUGUCAGGCACCAGCCAGAGAAAAGCGACAUUUCUUCUGUGUUAUCCCUGAAAUCCUCACUGACUUCACAAAUUAAGCAGCGUUUGAAGACAUCAGCAGAUGACAUGUUUGGAGUCGGGCUCCGGAAGCCUCACUCCCCUGAAACAAGGAGAAAGAAGAGUGCAUGGAGGAGGCACACAGUAGUAGUGCAUGCAAACUUUACCGACCUUAACUCAAACGAGUGGAAGGAAAUGGAAAAGCAUGACAUAACGAGAGGGUUCAGGGAAAGUAAGCCAUCAAAAUCACCAUCUCAACACCUCGGGUAUCAUGUGGACUCUGACAUUUCCAUGCCCACUGGGGGCUCAUACACUCCAGAUUCCUGCACUAAGACACUUCUUGAGCUGAAGACAGAUGAGACGGGCCACAUUGGCUUAGCCAGUGACUUGCAUAGUAAUAAGGACUCUGGCAUUAGUAGUUUGGAAUCAAACCGGCCAAAAUCCUCAUCCUCUUCUGUGAAUAACUCUGUGGCCCUGUUUUAUGGAAGGCUUGGUGACACUGACCAGCACAGUAGGGAUAUGGAAGUGAAGUCAGUGACACAUAGCCAGCCAGUCAAAUCACCUUCCAGGUUUCAUCAGUACCUAUAAUAAUCACUUGGACAAGUUGAGAGCUACUUUAUCAGGAGCCACAUACAGCAGUAUUUCAGGAGCAUUCUGUUUAUAACAGAAUGCAGUCAAAGAUUCCAUUUUAUUUGUUACAUUGUAUGCACAUAGGUGAAAAGUUGUGAAAAGUUGAGAUUAUGUCACAUAGCAGUUUUCUUCUGGAACACUGAUUAGUCAGCAGCAUGCCAGUCUCCCCUAAUGAGUGUUGUCAAGCCAUCCAAGAACUGCCAGCUCAGUACAGGGCUAGUUUUUACAGUGGAAAAAAGGGACAGCCUUAUUAAAAAUAAGCAAACAUUUUUUAAUGUUGCAUUGUAGAGAAUGUAGCAUUGUAGCGAUAAUCUUGUGCUGCAUGAAGAAAUGACCUUGGCUCCCUGCUGUCUUUAUAAGAUCUUUUCAUUUGAAGAGGGCUGGCUUAUGAACCUUAAUGGGAUUGUGGUAUGUUGUACGGUGUAGUAUUUGUUGCACCACAACCUGGUUUGCAAGUUGCAUAGUUAGGGGGCCCAUUUCCGCCCCAGAAUUGAAGAUUGGGAGGUCACCAUAUAUUUGAUGACAGGAUAUAAUUUAUGUUCAGGAUUCUGUGAAGAACCAGUAGUCUGCAAACUGCUGCAAUGCACCCUCACUACUUUAGCAGUGACAGUAAUGCCACUUUAACAAAUGAAGAUGAAUGGAAGAUAGCACCGGUAACAAAAUAAUGUUUCUGGUCAGUAAAGGAUCAGCUAUAGUUGUAACAAGUCUGCCUUACCAGAAGAUACUUUUGUUUUACUUACUGACUUUUUUUCUUCCACUCACAGCCCCCACUCAUAUCACAGGUGUGGCCUUUUUAUUCUGAUAAUUGGCUGCUUCUAUAGAUGCUUAGUCUCCCCGGGAAACAUGCCAUAGAAUGUUGAGUUGGACACUGUGUGGGUGAUGUGUCUGGUAGAUGCACAGUCCCAUCUAGAUGCUUGUUGCAGCUGUGACAUCACUACCAUGAAUCCCAGUCUUUGGUUUGGGGGCCACUGCAUGGAGUUAGGGCCAUCAUUUCCAUUUCCCUCAUUUAAUCCUUGGAUAUUUGGCGAAACACUUGCUUCCAUGCCUUUGCCACUGGAUAGAUAAUGUGCUCAAGCUUUCCAUUAUGUAAGUGGGCCUUUUGCCAUCAAGGCUCUCACUGCAACAGUCAUCUUCAUGUUUACAAUUGAUAGAAGCUGAAUCUCAUAUCAUCACUUUCAGCUCUUGGUUAAACUUGGUAUUUGCCAGUAUCACAGGGUCUUCCUAAACCAAUUUGUUCCCCUGAUCAGCAUUAGUAGCAGACAAAGCACUACAUCAGGGACAAGUAUCUAAGAAGAAAGCUAGAAAAAUAGUUUUGGUUCAGGGUACAAAGGGUUUGUUUCUGUAAACAUUUCAGUACUAGCACCAGAUUUCUGUUUGUAGAAAUAGUUAAAGUUUGUAUAUUCCUCCUUAGGGUACACCAUAUCAAUUGGUGUUUGGCUCAUGUACAUUUCAUUGAAUUCCAUUUCUGAGUGAAAACAUGCAGUUCAAAGAAGAAUUUGAAAGCGCAUUUUCUAUUAAAUCCCCAUCUAUCCAGACACUUUAUAUGAUCAGCUUCAGAGUUGCUACCACAUGGGUGGUGUGUGGGAGGGGACCCCUCUUGUAGUGAUGUCAGUCAAGAUAAGUGCCAUGUAGAUGUAUAAUAUCCGCCGAGUGACUAUAGCUAGGGAGAUCUGUACUACCAACAUACAUAAGGUGGGCCUUAACAUGUAUUGUACACUGUCCUAACUUAAAAUGAUCUAUUCUUAUAGAAAAUUGUUUCAAAUCAUUUACUAGGCUUGUCAGUUGUGCAAAAGGUAAAAGUAUGACAUGCUUGUUUAUUAAAAGUACAGUAAAAGCAGCAGCAUUGUUUUACCACAUCUGAACCAUUCCCUUUUACUUUUCUCUCCUCAGUGGCAAGGGAACCUGCUGUUGGUGACUUUUGACACUAUAUUACCUGUUACAAAUUUUCCAUGCUUUUUGGCUCCUGGGAAAUUAGUUCUUCAUGAAUCUGACUGUGUGGUGGUAUUAUGUAAAAUGUGUAAUUUGUACAAAGUGCAUUGCUAAGCUAACCUCAUUGUAUAUGUAUAAAUAUAUAAUAUAUAUGUA